AAGUCCCCCACCCACUCGUCGCGUCGUCUCCUUCCUCCUCCGCCUCGCAGCAAAAACCCUAGCCACCGCUCCCUCCGCCUCCACGGUUCUCUCUCCGAAGGCAAGGGGUUUUGGUGCGGGCUCGAGGCGAUGGCGGGCGGCGGGAAGAAGGAGAAGGGGGAGGCGCUGGGCCGCGCGCUGAUCCGGCAGCGGAACAAGGCGGCGGCGGCCGCCAAGGAGCGCGGCGAGGCGCUGGCCUUCGCGCGCCGCCGAGCGAUGCCGCUCGAGUCCGUCAUCGACGUCAGCGACAUCGACGCCGUGCUUCAGCGGGCCGCGGAGGCCGACCAGCUCGCCGAGGCCGCGUCCGUCUCCUCCGACUCCGACCUCGUCAUCGACCUGGACGCGACGGGGGAGACAGUCGAGGAGAGGCGGCGGCUGCGGAAGGAGCAGGAGGCCCUGCACGCCAGCAGCCUCAGGGUUCCCCGGCGUCCACCGUGGCAUAAUCAGAUGACGGUAGAGGAGCUUGAUGCGAAUGAGAGGCGGGCGUUCCUGGUGUGGCGCAGGAAUCUUGCGAGAUUGGAAGAGAAUGACAAGCUUGUCCUGACACCCUUUGAGAAGAAUAUUGACAUCUGGAGACAGCUCUGGAGAGUGCUUGAACGCAGUGAUUUGCUGGUUAUGGUGGUUGAUGCUCGAGAUCCCUUAUUCUACCGCUGCCCUGACCUAGAGGCAUACGCAAAGGAAAUUGAUGAACACAAGAGAACAAUGCUUCUUGUUAACAAGGCUGAUCUGUUGCCGUUAAAUAUCCGGAAGAGAUGGGCUGACUAUUUUAAGGCACAUGAUAUUCUCUUUGUUUUCUGGUCAGCUAAAGCUGCUACUGCCACACUUGAAGGCAAAAAGUUAAGUGGAUACUCUGAAGAAGAAUCUGCUUCACUUGAUUUGGAUACCAAGAUAUAUGGCAGGGAUGAACUCUUGAUGAGGCUGCAAGCUGAAGCAGAAUCUAUUGUAGCACAAAGGAGGACCUCAACUGCUGAAGAGGAUCAUGAUGUCAGUUCUUCAGAUUCUGCUUCAUCAGUGGCUAAGCAUGUAGUUGUUGGGUUUGUUGGUUAUCCAAAUGUUGGAAAGAGUUCCACUAUAAAUGCUUUGGUUGGUGAGAAGAGGACUGGUGUUACUCACACACCUGGCAAGACUAAACAUUUCCAGACACUGAUAAUCUCUGAAGAGCUCACUCUCUGUGAUUGCCCUGGACUGGUCUUCCCAUCUUUCUCAAGCUCAAGGCAUGAGAUGGUGGCAUGUGGUGUCUUGCCGAUUGACAGGAUGACAAAGCACCGGGAAGCUAUUCAGGUGGUGGCAGAUCGUGUCCCGAGAAAUAUACUUGAGCAGAUUUACAAAAUCACCUUGCCGAAGCCGAAGCCUUACGAAUCGCAGUCUCGGCCACCAACUGCCGCUGAGCUGUUGCGGGCCUACUGUGCAUCCAGGGGGCAUGUCAGCCAUGCUGGGCUGCCUGACGAGACCAGGGCUGCUCGACAAAUACUGAAGGAUUACAUUGAUGGUAAAAUCCCGCACUUUGAACUCCCUCCUGGUGUAGCAGACGUCGAAGCAGAAUGUGAAGUAAUCACCAGAUCAGAAGGUCCAGCUACUUCAUCAGCAGCUAAUGAAUCAGAUGCUGAUGAUUUGGAUGAAGAGGAUGAGGACGCAGUUGAUCCAGCAGAGCCAGACAUGAAAGAUGUACUGGAUGACCUGGAAUCUUUCGACUUGGCCAAUGAAGGAUCUAAAACCGCCGCAAAGAAGAAGAAAGAGGCAUCCCACAAGCACCACAAGAAGCCCCAGCGGAAGAAGGAUCGGUCCUGGAGGGUUGGCAACGAUGGUGGGGAUGGAACGGCAGUUGUAAGGGUGUUCCAGAAGCCCGCUGUCAAUGUGAGCGGCAGGGUCUAAUACCUCAACUUUCUGCUUUGCACAACCACACAACACAUGGCGGGGCACUGAGCCUCCUACUGUCCGCUGAUGGCUGAAGCUUCUUCAGUGGAAGGGACAAGCGGAACGUUGUGGUUUUGCAUGACAGCUUGUAAAACCCUGAUAGUCGUUACCAGAAACUAGUGUUGCCCUUGCGGCCUUCCAUAUGCAGUGAGUUGUAGCGCGAUAGAUACAUACGGUGGUGUGUACUGUUUGUUUUUUUCCAUGUCUUCCAUAGCAACACAUAUGUGAAGGUACUAUUCAGAUGGUUGAUACGUGCUAUGGUAGGACUCUGUUCCAAACCCUUUUCUUUGAUGUAUUGAUCGGCAUUCUUAAUACAAAUGUCAAAAAAAAAAUGGAGAGCA